GACGAGGCCGACCUUGCGCCCGCUUCUCCCCGCAGAGCAACUGGAACGAGAUCGUCGACAGCUUCGACGACAUGAACCUGUCCGAGUCCCUCCUGCGGGGCAUCUACGCGUACGGUUUUGAGAAACCUUCUGCUAUCCAGCAGCGAGCCAUUCUCCCUUGCAUCAAGGGUUACGAUGUGAUCGCUCAAGCCCAGUCUGGCACUGGGAAAACAGCCACGUUUGCCAUCUCCAUCUUACAGCAGAUUGAGCUGGACCUGAAAGCCACCCAGGCCCUGGUGCUGGCCCCCACGAGGGAGUUGGCUCAGCAGAUCCAGAAGGUGGUGAUGGCUCUUGGGGACUACAUGGGGGCCUCCUGCCACGCUUGUAUAGGAGGGACAAAUGUUCGGGCCGAAGUUCAGAAGCUGCAAAUGGAAGCUCCCCAUAUCAUCGUGGGGACUCCGGGGCGCGUGUUCGACAUGCUGAACAGAAGAUAUUUGUCACCAAAGUUUAUCAAGAUGUUUGUGCUGGACGAAGCUGAUGAGAUGUUGAGCCGAGGCUUUAAGGACCAGAUCUAUGAUAUAUUCCAGAAACUGAGUGGGAACACGCAGGUGGUUCUCCUGUCUGCCACCAUGCCGAUGGACGUGCUGGAGGUGACCAAGAAAUUCAUGAGGGACCCAAUCCGUAUUCUAGUGAAGAAGGAAGAGCUGACUCUGGAAGGGAUUCGGCAGUUCUACAUAAAUGUGGAAAGGGAGGAGUGGAAGCUGGACACUCUUUGCGAUCUCUACGAGACCCUGACUAUCACCCAGGCGGUCAUCUUCAUCAACACCCGGAGGAAGGUGGACUGGCUGACGGAGAAGAUGCAUGCCCGGGACUUCACUGUUUCAGCCAUGCACGGGGACAUGGACCAGAAGGAGCGUGACGUCAUCAUGAGAGAGUUCCGCUCCGGCUCCAGCCGGGUCCUGAUCACCACUGACUUGCUGGCCCGUGGAAUCGAUGUCCAACAGGUGUCCCUGGUCAUUAACUACGACCUCCCCACCAACCGCGAGAACUACAUCCACAGGAUCGGUCGAGGUGGCCGUUUCGGAAGGAAAGGCGUCGCCAUCAACAUGGUGACAGAAGAAGACAAGCGCACUCUGCGCGACAUCGAGACUUUCUACAACACCUCAAUUGAGGAGAUGCCUCUCAACGUGGCUGACCUCAUCUGAGCUGCCGGGGGGGCACUGUGCCACGGCACCCCUUGCUUCUCCCCCCACGCCCCACAGCUAGGCACAGUAUUCUCCCGUUCCUGCCCUUUUCUAUUUUUGAGUUUUUUGCCUUUUGAAUAAAUGUCACUUUUUUGGAGGCAGAAUGAAAGAAAUCCUUAGUGUUUACAGGCGCUUCUCCGUGUCUUGUUUUCCUCCCUCCCUCCUUUGUGACUUCAUUUUGUAGCUCAGUUGUCCAAAUAUUCCCUGUAUGCAGAACAGAGGUAUCCUUUCGUGUGGGGAUCAAGUGAGUAGAUCACAGAAGCUAGAAUUUCUGGCUGCUUCCUGCCCUGCCUUUCCCAGAAAAUAAUUUUGUAGUUUUUGAAAUAAACCUUUCGAGAGAAUCAUGGUGCUAAUGGGAAAAAAAAAAAAAAGCUUGAGAAUCUAAAACCUACCUCAAAAGGUCAUGGUUUUUUUUCUCCCUGCCUAAAAUUAAACAAAUUGCCAACGUGUUUUUCUCUUUAUGAAAUGAGACCUUCCCUAUCACAUUUUU